AUGGCGGGCACCAUAGACGAGAGGACCAAAGUCUGCUCCAUGGAAAUUGGACAGUGUGUAUGUAGAUGAAGAAAACCUGCAAGUUGUGUGUGUGUGUGCGGUUCCUGCAGUCACCAAGUAUUCAUCCACGACUGUCAUUAUGUCUUUCAUCUCUAUUAUGGUCAAACGCUGCAGUAAUGUCUGCCUGGGUCUUUGUCUAUCCAUGACAAUGGUCUGUUUCUGCGUAGACAGAGUGAGCCGAGGCUGACUGUAAGUCAUGUUCCACAACAAUAGAGAGGGUUCUAAUGCAGAGUUUAGUUGAUGGAGGUCGGACCAGAGCCCAGGGAGGUGACUCAGAGUAGUACUUUUCUUUAUUUCAGUUCUCUGUCGAAGUAAUUUGACUAGAAUAAUUGUGAUGAUAACAAACGUAGUUAUUCAUCAUCUUGUAUUUUGUCCUGCAAGGAGCACCCAUGAAAUUGGUCCCUACCAUGUUUUAUUUUUAAAAACAGUAUUAUAAAAAUGUAUAGCAUGUUACAGAAUGAAGACAAACAGCACACAAUGCCAUGAUGCAUCUAAGAAGAAACUACCUUCUUUCUCUUCUUGCCUUUCACCUACGCCUCCCUAUCACCCCUUUGGCCUCAGUUACGCUUUUGUGUUGUUGUUUUGGGAAUUUGAAAUAACCACAGCAGUUAGCCAGCACGGGAUUGUAUAAUUGGUCACGGGUCCUAAGAGGGGGGUGGGGGUGGAGUGGGACCCGCUUGCAGCUGCCCAAAUCCUCUUAGCCCCCCCUCCUGUGCUACGGCUGCCCUGUCCUGCCAGCCCAUGUGCCAGGCACGUGCUCUACACAGCUCUCUCAUAUCAAACAUCAGAUUACGCCAGUGGCCGUUCAGACAUACACAAUCACAUGAUGACAGCGUCAAUCAAGAUCCAGAUAGAAAGACUAUUUAAAAUCCACUGAGUCAAUGAACUUGCCCAGGGUUGAGCGCUUUGCCCGGAGCAAAGAAGAGGGAUUGCCUGUUUGCAUGUUUUACACAUGCAACUGGAUUUUGAACUAGUUGACAAAUCGAUGUGCUAAAGGGGAUCCUUAAUAAAUACAAAUGCGCACUUCAAAGAUUCAGGCCUAUAGAUUUGCCAAGAAAAGGUAUAGGAUAAGGGGUUAAAAAAUCGACUGCGCUGUAGAGUCGUGGAGAGAGAAGCCACUGUACUCCUGUUGUAUUGAAACAGUUCAUGUGAGAGCAAUGUUUUAUUUACAAGUUCAUCCUGGGGGUACACUUAAGGUCUACUACUCUGUUGUCAUAUGUAAACUGCAGUUCCAGAGGAUUAGAGUAACAAGGCUGAAAGACUUUCACCGUGCAAUGCAGAGAGAACAGAAAAUAAUGACUCCUUCAGAAGACCUUACGGAGAUGAUCAUGACGAUAAUGGUUUUCAAAAUCAGGACAUAACUGACAUAAUUGACCAAGGACCUACAAGUUGUCUACUCAAGGUAGCAGAGAGGUUUUUGAGCUUUAAUGCUGACCGAUGGGCCUGAGUAGGGGUGAUGCGCUGUAUACAGCUGCUAAUUUGCCAGUAUCUGGCUGAUACAGAAUGGGCUGUUGCAGACAGUGUGUGAGCGGUUUUCCUCCACAACAUUUGCUUGUGCUGUCUGUGAGUGAGGUAGCCUAUGCUUGGCUGGAGAAUGGAGGGCAGAGGAAGGCUUGUUGUGAACUCCCUGAAGUGGAGUCUAUGUACAGUUGAAGUUGGACGUUUCCAUACACUUAGGUUGGAGUCAUUAAAACUCGUUUUCCAACCACUCUACAAAUGUCUUGUUAACAAACUAUAGUUUUGGCAAGUCGGUGCAUGACACAAGUAAUUCUUCCAACAAUUGUUCACAGACAGAUUAUUUCACGUAUAAUUCACUGUAUCACAAUUCCAAUGGGUCAGAAGUUUACAUACACUAAGUUGACUGUGCCUUUUAAACAGCUUGGAAAAUUCCUGAAAAUUAUGUCAUGGCUUUAGACGCUUCUGAUAGGCUAAUUGACAUCAUUUUAGUUAAUUGGAGGUGUACCUGUGGAUGUAUUUCAAGGCCUACCUUCAAACUCAGUGCCUCUUUGCAUGACAUCAUGGGAAAAUCAAAAGAAAUCAGCCAAGACCUCAUAAACAAAAUUGUAGACCUCCACAAAUCUGGUUCAUCCUUGGGAGCAAUUUCCAAAUUCCUGAAGGUACCACGUUCAUCUGUACAAACAAUAGUACGCAAGUAUAAACACCAUGGGACCACGCAGCCGUCAUACCGCUCAGGAAGGAGACGCGUUCUGUCUCCUAGAGAUGAACGUACUUUGGUGCGAAAAGUGCAAAUCAAUCCCAGAACAACAGCAAAGGACCUUGUGAAGAUGCUGGAGGAAACAGGUAGAAAAGUAUCUAUAUCCACAGUAAAACGAGUCCUAUAUCGACAUAACCUGAAAGGCCACUCAGCAAGGAAGAAGCCACUGCUCCAAAACUGCCAUAAAAAAGCCAGACUACGGUUUGCAACUGCACAUGGGGACAAAGAUCGUACUUUUUAGAGAAAUGUCCUCUGGUCUGAUGAAACAAAAAUAGAACUGUUUGGCCAUAAUGACCAUCGUUAUGUUUGGACAUCAGUCAGGAAGUUAAAGCUUGGUCGCAAAUGGGUCUUCCAAAUGGACAAUGACCCCAAGCAUACUUCCAAAGUUGUGGCAAAAUGGCUUAAGGACAACAAAGUCUAGGUAUUGGAGUGGCCAUCACAAAGCCCUGACCUCAAUCCUAUAGAAAAUGUGUGGGCAGAACUGAAAAAGCGUGUGCGAGCAAGGAGGCUUACAAACCUGACUCCGUUACACCAGCUCUGUCAGGAGGAAUGGGCCAAAAUUCACCCAACUUAUUGUGGGAAGCUUGUGGAAGGCUACCCGAAACGUUUGACCCAAGUUAAACCAUUUAAAGGCAAUGCUACCAAAUACUAAUUGAGUGUAUGUAAACUUAUGACCCACUGGGAAUGUGAUGAAAUAAAUAAAAGCUGAAAUAAAUCAUUCUCUCUACUAUUAUUCUGACUUUUCACAUUCUUAAAAUAAAGUAGUGAUCCUAAAUGACCUAAGACAGGGAAUUUUUACUAGGAUUAAAUGUCAGGAAUUGUGAAAAACUGAGUUUAAAUGUAUUUGGCUAAGGUGUAUGUAAACUUCCGAUUUCAACUGUAUGUAUAGUUACUGAUGAUGUAGGUUUAUGGAGAAGCGUUAGCCACCCCCACCAUUUAAAAAAAUUAUAAUGUAAUUUUACCCCCUUUUUCUUCCCAAUUUCGUGAUAUCCAAUUGUGAUCUUGUCUCAUCGCUGCAACUCCCCAACGGGCUCGGGAGAGGCGAAGGUCGAGUCAUGCGUCCUCCGAAAUAUGACCCACCAAACUGCGCUUCUUAACACCCACUCGCUUAACCCGGAAGCCAGCUGCACCAACGUGCUAGAGGAAACACUGUUCAACUGAUGACCGAAGUCAGCCUGCAGGCGUCUGGCCCACCACAAGGAGUCGCUAGAGCGCGAUGAGCCAAGUAAAGCCCCCCCGGCCAACCCCUCCCCUAACCCGGACAAUGCUGGGCCAAUUGUGUGCCGCCCUAUGGGACUCCCGGUCACGGCCAGUUGUGACACAGCCUGGGAUCGAACCCCAGGCUGUAGUGACGCCGCAACACUGCGAUGCAGUGCCUUAGACCGCUGCGCCACUCGGGAGGCCACCCCCACCAUUUAAAUGGAAAUUAAGUCCAGAUUCGGCACCACCACAGGGACAUGGCUGAAGGAGACUGCUGCUUGAGACAACUGGAGUGUUAGAUAAGAUUAUACAGGCUGGCAAGACAACGCACCACAAAUGACAACAGCACACCUACUUAUAUCCUUAAAGCAAAACCAGCCAUUUGGAAACACUCACUGUCUGUUUUUAAGUGUAGCCUAAGCCUAGUAUUGGUGUGGUUGUAGAGAACGGCCUUGAAUAUGUAUCACUAAUCCAUCCAUGGUUAGGUUAUGAGUGCUUAAUCAUCUGUAAUGACAGGUUUUUGAACAGAGAAUGAACAGGUUUGAGUCAUCUGAAAGAGAGGAUCAAGGACAUCUGACAGCAGUAGCAAUUACACACCUGUGUCUUGACACAGAGGAUGGUCGGUCGCUGAAUCUGCUGCAUCAUUUUAUCAUGCAAGGUAGUGGUUGGUUGUCCUAAAGGAAGGGGACAUGAGUUGCGGUUUUUACAGUUGAUUCCCAAAACAUCACACCCUCUCAAGAGACUGAUUUUUAGUCACAACAAGCAACUUAGUUUAAAUUCAAUUGUUUGGUUACAGACAAUGCAUAUAUAUAGGUCAGGUUAUGGUCAGGUUAUGGUCAGGUUAUGGUCAGAUUGUAGGUUGUUGGGAGAUUAGUGUUCCGACUAGUCCUGCUCCCUUCAAUCCCACCAUCUAUUGUUAUUGACUACAUUUUGUUUGACUGAAUCAUAGCUAGAGUUUGUCAUUCUUUUACCGCUGACAGUUUGCCCUUUCUCUUUUGACGUCUUAUUUUUGCCUCUGCUGCUUGUGCAAGAGUACAGCAUUUAGUUGUCACUCAUAACAAGGUUUCAAAUCUGUCACCAUGACUGACUAAUCAUAAUUAAUCUGUUAUCUUGGGGGCUAUUUGUGUCUAACAACUUUUUUCAAGAAACGGUUGCUGUCAUUUAAUGACUUGUAUGACCUAAUUUCUCAUAAGUGCCCUAUUUAUUCACCAUCUGGACUAUAGGUUUGGCUGAAAUCCAAAUGUGACACGUUGUGUUAUGGCUUCAUGAAUGACGUGUUUUACUAACACAUUAGUGGUCAUGCAGGUGCGAGAAUUGACAGGGACACUUAGGCAUGCUGGCCGAGUUCCCAUGAAGAUCAAAUUGUAUUUGUCACAUGCACCGAAUACAAUGGGUAUGGACUUAACCGUGAAAUGCUUGCAUACAAGCCCUUCCCAACGAUGCUGAGAUAAUACAAAUAAAAUAAAUAAAUAGAGGAAUAAAUACACAAGAAUGGAGCUAUACGCAGGGAGUACCAGUACCAUCUCAAUUGGGUUGAGGUUGGGGGAUUGUGGAGGCCAGGUCAUCUGAUGCAGCACUCAUCACUCUCCUUCUUGGUCAAAUAGCCUGGAGGUGUGUUUUGGGUCAUUGUCCUGUUGAAAAACAAAUGAUAGUCCCACUAAGCGCAAACCAGAUAGGACGGCGUAUCGCUGCAGAAUGCUGUGGUAGCCAUGCUGGUUAAGUGUGCCUUGAAUUCUAAAUAAAUCACUGACAGUGUCACCAGCAAAGCACCAUCACACCACCUCCUCCAUGCUUCACGGUGUGAACCACACAUGCAGAGAUCAUCCGUUCACCUACUCUGUGUCUCACAAAGACACGGCGGUUGGAACCAAAAAUCUAAAAUUUGGACUCAUCAGACCAAAGGACAGAUUUCCACCGGUCUAAUGUCCAUUGCUCGUGUUUCUUGGCCCAAGCAAGUCUCUUCUUAUUAUUGGUGUCCUUUAGUAGUGGUUUCUUUGCAGAAAUUCGACCAUGAAGGCCUGAUUCACGCAGUCUCCUCUGAACCGUUGAUGUUGAGAUGUGUCUUGAACUCUGACGCAUUUAUUUGGGCUCCAAUUUCUGAGGCUGGUAACUCGAAUGAACUUAUCCUCUGCAGCAGAGGUAACUCUGGGUCUUUCUUUCCUGUGGUGGUCCUCAUGAGAGCCAGUUUCAUCAUAACGCUUGAUGGUUUUUGCAACUGCACUUGAAGAAACUUUCAAAGUUCUUGAAAUGUUCCGUAUUGACUGACCUUCAUGUCUUAAAGUAAUGAUGGACUGUCGUUUCUCUUUGCUUAUUUGAGCUAUUCUUGUCAUAAAAUGGACUUGGUCUUUUACCAAAUAGGGCUAUCUUACAUUUACAUUACAUUUUAGUCAUUUAGCAGACGCUCUUAUCCAGAGCGACUUACAGUUAGUGAAUACAUAUUAAUAUUAUUAUUAUUUUAUACAAUUGGCCCCCCGUGGGAAUCGAACCCACAACCCUGGCGUUGCAAACGCCAUGCUCUAUCAACUGAGCUACAUCCCUGCCGGCCAUUCCCCUCCCUACCCUGGCGACUUUGCGCCGCCCAUGAGUCUCCCGGUCGCGCCGUGCUGCGACAGAGCCUGGAUUCGAACCAGGAUCUCUAUUUGGCACAGUUAGCACUGCGAUGCAGUGCCUUAGACCACUGCGCCACUCAGUGGUCUAACAUAAUCUUCUGUAUACCACCCCUACCUUGUCACAACACAACUGAUUGGUUCAAACACAUUAAGAAGGAAAGACAUUCCACAAAUAAACUUUUAACAAGGCACACCUGUUAAUUGAAAUGCAUUCCAGGUGACUACCCCAUGAAGCUGGUUGAGAGAAUGCCAAGAGUGUGCAAAGCUGUCAAGGCAAAGGGUGGCUGCUUUGAAAAAUCUAAAAUAUAUAUAGAUUUGUUUAACACUUUUUGGUUACUACAUGAUUCCAUAUGUGUUAUUUCAUAGUUUUGAUGUCUUCACUAUUAUUCUACAAUGUAGAAAAUAGGAAAAAUAAAGAAAAACCCUUGAAUGAGUAGGUGUGUCCAAACUUUUGACUCGUACUGUAAAUAUGAGGGGAAGAGAAUGUUGACAGGCUUUAUGCUAGGGGGAAGCUUUAGACUUACCUGUAUAAUUUUCAGGCACCAUGAUGUCUUGUCUACCCAAUCGUAUUUUACUGUAAGCCUAAGUAUCAUACCAAAUCCCUUAAUUUGGGAAGGGAGUGUUUCAAUAGGACUGAUCAGGGAAGUUGGAUGAGAAUGACCGUUCUAGAUUCUACCCUCAUAAGAAAGAUGGGUCAGCAUGUCCAGUAUUUUGCCCACUAUCAACUUCGGCCCAUGAUGCAACGCUGUUGGAAUGUUCCCUCUUGAAUGUGGAAUGCCGCAAGAGGAGGCCAUAGGGCCACUGCUAUCUCAAUGGCUUAUUGUCUUCCUCUGAGUCUGGUGGGCCUCGCCUGUGUCCUACAGAAACUCCAAGGAAUGGCAUCCCUCUCUCUAUGAGCUGUGUUGCGCCCCUAAAGGUCAGCCCCUGGCCUGGUACAGCUUCCUAUCCAGCCGCUUGUAUGGCCUACAUGUCAUCCUGCAGACAAUCAUUUGACUAACAUGCAAAGGAAUGUAGCCCAGUAGCUAGAUCUGUUUAGUGCUUCAGUGAACUCCACUGACAUUUGUUGUCAUGCCAUACUUGUUUGUAAUGGAAUUGUGCUGAGACUAAAAUGUUUCACUUGAACAAAAACCAUUGAUUUCAAAGUUUCACAAACCAUACAAUUCUGCACAAGGACUACUUUCAGAGACAGCCAUGUAUGCAUUAAUGAACUCAGUAUACAAUCAAUUUGACUUUAUUUUUACCAAUCUAACUACAUAACAACAAUGGUCAUUUAUUUGAAUGGUACAUUUCUAUUGAAAAACUGGGUAAAUCAAGAUGUUGCCUAGGCCUAUUCACAACAGGGUUUUCGUUAGGAAAAUGUGGUGCUGGACAUUUGACCUCAGCAUUUUAAUUUAAUGGACAUUUGAGAAUUCUAUCGGACCCAUAUGAAUUGGGUGUGUAACCUGAUUAGGACGUCCACCCAUGGUGCUCAGAAUGAAAAGUUUAUCUAUUCUAUUGGUCAGCUUGUCGUUCUGUUCCGAGAAAGAAGUAGCCUAUUCCAAACAGACUCUGGGACAGUUGUGGGACGAUAGAACCCAAAUUCACUAGUAGGCCUAGGCUACAUAGCAGGUCAGCACGUUUAGCUUAAAAUGUUGGUAAACUAUUAUUUCAGCAAUGCGCACAAGGCAGUAGGCUACGCACAAAUGUUUGUUCCAUUAUGCAAUUAGCGGAAAACCCAGUUGUCAAAAAUGCACCUCACAUGCAAGCGAUUUCAUGUGACUGAGAUUAAAACAUCAAUUUGAAAUGUACAGGGGAGAUCUAAAGAUGCAACAACUAGCAUGGGUUGCUAAUAUGACUAGGAUUGUGCCUUUUGGUUACUGGACAAUGAAAUAAAAUGUAUUUUAAACCAAUAGAACAUGAGAGAAAUAGGCUACUGGUUUCAAUGGCAUAUGGGAGUCUUUAUAAAAUAAUACUAAGCUAUAUGGAAUUGUUUUAAGAAGGUCAUACCAAGGAUCAUUUUGCUAUUUGAUUUGGAAUUUUAAGACCCUUUGAAGUAUCCCCCCAAAUAUUUUUUACAAACGCAUUGAAUAACAGAUUCACUACAUGGACUAAGAUAAGGCUAGGCAAAUCCCCGCCUUAUCUUAGCUCAUUGGUCACCAUAGCAGCACCCACCCGUAGUCUGCGCUCCAGCAGGUAUAUCUCACUGGUCAUUCCCAAAGCCAACACCUCCGUUGGCCGCCAUUCCUUCCAGUUCUCUGCUGCCAAUGACUGGAACGAAUUGCAAAAAUCUCUGAAGCUGGAGACUCUUAUCUCCCUCAAUAACUUUAAGCAUCAGUUGUCAGAGCACCUUACCGAUCACUGCACCUGUACACAGCCCAUCUGAAAUUAGCCCACCCAACUACCUCAUCCCUAUAUUGUUAUUUAUUUUGCUCUUUUGCACCCCAGUAUCUCUAUUUGCACAUCAUCUCUUGCACAUCUAGCAUUCCAGUGUUAAUACUAUUGUAAUUAUUCUGCACUAUAGCCUAUUUAUUGCCUUACCUCCAUAACUUGCUACAUUUGCACACACUGUAUAUAUAUUUUCUGUUGUAUUUUUGACUUUAUGUUUUUUUACCCCAUAUGUAACUCUGUGUUGUUUUUAUUGCACUGCUUUGCUUUAUCUUGGCCAGGUCGCAGUUGUAAAUGAGAACCUGUUCUCAACUGGUUUACCUGGUUAAAUAAAGGUUAAAUAAAUAAAAUAAAAAUAAAAUGGAACAACAGUUAGUCCCCUCAAAAAAUUCAGAAGGAUGUUUGUUCUGAAGUGUCUGUCCUAUAUCUUAGAGAUAUCAGGAAACAUGUUUUAUUUUUUUAUUUUACAUGUAUUUAACCCCUUAUUAUUGGCACUAAACAAUCUCCGUAUAUACUUACAUUAAAAAAAAAAUCAGCUGGUACCGAGGGACCUUCAGACGAGUGUUGUGAGGCUUGUGGGCGCCCUAGAGCAAAACAGCCGACAUGUUCGUGAGAGUCUCAUCUUUCCAUAGAGGGGUCAUAAUAGUUUUAGGCCAAACCAUUCGGAAGCUACAGGCAAUUUUGUGAGAAGACCGAUUUUUGUGAUGUCUCAGGGUCUGACAAACACUGCUCUAGCUCUGUCACCUUUCAACACAGAUGCGGAAGUGCGACAUAGGCGGAUGCGGUGGAUUGAGACGGAUCCAAUGCAAAAAAACAUAUCUCUAGCUUAAACUGACAGAUUUUUAUGCUGACAUCAACCUAAGGGGGGUUUAACUAUUGAGAUUUUAAAAAUGCUCUUAUGCACAAUUUAACCAGACGCUCUAGAAAGAGCUCUCCAUAGUGACUGCAGCAGCCCAUUCAUUCAACUUCCUAGCCACUGCUCCAAAACCGCCAAAAAAAAGCCAGACUACGGUUUGCAACUGCACAUGGGGACAAAUAUUGUAUUUUUUGGAGAAAUGUCCUCUGGUCUGAUGAAACAAAAAUAGAACUGUUUGGCCAUAAUGACCAUUGUUAUGUUUGGAAGAAAAAGGGGGUACCUUGCAAGCUGAAGAACACCAUCCCAACUGUGAAGCACGGGGGUGGCAGCAUCAUGCUGUGGGGGUGCUUUGCUGCAGGAAGGACUGGUGCACUUCACAAAAUAAAUGGCAUCAUGAGGAAGGAAAUUAUGUGGAUAUAUUGAAGCAACAUCUCAAGACAUCAGUCAGGAAGUUAAAGCUUGGUCGCAAAUGGGUCUUACAAAUGGACAAUGACCCCAAGCAUACUUCCAAAGUUGUGGCAAAAUGGCUUAAGGAUAACAAAGUCAAGGUAUUGGAGUGGCCAUCACAAAGCCCUGACCUCAAUCCUAUAGAAAAUGUGUGGGCAGAACUGAAAAAGCGUGUGCGAGCAAGGAGGCCUACAAACCUGACUGUUACACCAGCUCUGUCAGGAGGAAUGGGCCAAAAUUCACCCAACUUAUUGUGGGAAGCUUGUGGAAGGCUACAUUUGACCCAAGUUAAACAAUUUAAAGGCAAAUACUAAUUGAGUGUAUGUAAACUUCUGACCCACUGGGAAUGUGAAGAAAGAAAUAAAAGCUGAAAUAAAUCAUUCUCUCUACUAUUAUUCUGACGUUUCACAUUCUUAAAAUGAAGUGGUGAUCCUAACUGACCUAAGACAGGGGACUUUUACUAGGAUUAAAUGUCAGGAAUUGUGAAAAACUGAGUUUAAAUGUGUUCGGCUAAGGUUUAUGUAAACUUCCGACUUCAACUUUAAAUAUAUAUAUAUAUAUAUAUAUAUAUAUAUAUAUAUAUAUAUAUAUAUAUAUACAGUGGGGGAAAAAAGUAUUUAGUCAGCCACCAAUUGUGCAAGUUCUCCCACUUAAAAAGAUGAGAGGGCCUGUAAUUUUCAUCAUAGGUACACGUCAACUAUGACAGACAAAAUUAGAUUUUUUUUUCUCCAGAAAAUCACAUUGUAGGAUUUUUAAUGAAUUUAUUUGCAAAUUAUGGUGGAAAAUAAGUAUUUGGUCAAUAACAAAAGUUUCUCAAUACUUUGUUAUAUACCCUUUGUUGGCAAUGACACAGGUCAAAAGUUUUCUGUAAGUCUUCACAAGGUUUUCACACACUGUUGCUGGUAUUUUGGCCCAUUCCUCCAUGCAGAUCUCCUCUAGAGCAGUGAUGUUUUGGGGCUGUCGCUGGGCAACACGGACUUUCAACUCCCUCCAAAGAUUUUCUAUGGGGUUGAGAUCUGAAGACUGACUAGGCCACUCCAGGACCUUGAAAUGCUUCUUACGGAGCCACUCCUUAGUUGCCCUGGCUGUGUGUUUCGGGUCGUUGUCAUGCUGGAAGACCCAGCCACGACCCAUCUUCAAUGCUCUUACUGAGGGAAGGAGGUUGUUGGCCAAGAUCUUGCGAUACAUGGCCCCAUCCAUCCUCCCCUCAAUACGGUGCAGUCGUCCUGUCCCCUUUGGCAGAAAAACAGCCCCAAAGCAUGAUGUUUCCACCCCCAUGCUUCACAGUAGGUAUGGUGUUCUUUGGAUGCAACUCAGCAUUCUUUGUCCUCCAAACACGACGAGUUGAGUUUUUACCAAAAAGUUCUAUUUUGGUUUCAUCUGACCAUAUGACAUUCUCCCAAUCCUCUUCUGGAUCAUCCAAAUGCACUCUAGCAAACUUCAGACGGGCCUGGACAUGUACUGGCUUAAGCAGGGGGACACGUCUGGCACUGCAGGAUUUGAGUCCCUGGCGACGUAGUGUGUUACUGAUGGUAGGCUUUGUUACUUUGGUCCCAGCUCUCUGCAGGUCAUUCACUAGGUCCCCCCGUGUGGUUCUGGGAUUUUUGCUCACCGUUCUUGUGAUCAUUUUGACCCCAUGGUUACGGCAGAGGGAGAUUAUCAGUGGUCUUGUAUGUCUUCCAUUUCCUAAUAAUUGCUCCCACAGUUGAUUUCUUCAAACCAAGCUGCUUACCUAUUGCAGAUUCAGUCUUCCCAGCCUGGUGCAGGUCUACAAUUUUGUUUCUGGUGUCCUUUGACAGCUCUUUGGUCUUGGCCAUAGUGGAGUUUGGAGUGUGACUGUUUGAGGUUGUGGACAGGUGUCUUUUAUACUGAUAACAAGUUCAAACAGGUGCCAUUAAUACAGGUAACGAGUGGAGGACAGAGGAGCCUCUUAAAGAAGAAGUUGCAGGUCUGUGAGAGCCAGAAAUCUUGCUUGUUUGUAGGUGACCAAAUACUUAUUUUCCACCAUAAUUUGCAAAUAAAUUCAUUAAAAAUCCUACAAUGUGAUUUUCUGGAUUUUUUCUCUCUCAUUUUGUCUGUCAUAGUUGACGUGUACCUAUGAGGAAAAUUACAGGCCUCUCUCAUCUUUUUAAGUGGGAGAACUUGCACAAUUGGUGGCUGACUAAAUACUUUUUUCCCCCACUGUAAGUAUUUGAUACAUCAGAAAAGCAGAACUUAAUAUUUGGUACAGAAACCUUUGUUUGCAAUUACAGAGAUCAUACGUUUCCUGCACACACUGCAGCAGGGAUUUUGGCCCACUCCUCCAUACAGACCUUCUCCAGAUCCUUCAGGUUUCGGGGCUGUCGCUGGGCAAUACAGACUUUCAGCUCCCUCAAAAGAUUUUCUAUUGGGUUCAGGUCUGGAGACUGGCUUAGGCCACUCCAGGACCUUGAGAUGCUUCUUACGGAGCCACUCCUUAGUUGCCCUGGCUGUGUGUUUCGGGUCGUUGCCAUGCUGGAAGACCCAGCCACGACCCAUCUUCAAUGCUCUUACUGAGGGAAGGAGGUUGUUGGCCAAGAUCUCGCGAUACAUGGCCCCAUCCAUCCUCCCCUCAAUACGGUGCAGUCGUCCUGUCCCCUUUGCAGAAAAGCAUCCCCAAAGAAUGAUGUUUCCACCUCCAUGGUUCACGGUUGGGAUGGUGUUCUUGGGGUUGUACUCAUCCUUCUUCUUCCUCCAAACACGGCGAGUGGAGUUUAGACCAAAAAGCUCUCUUUUUGUCUCAUCAGACCACAUGACCUUCUCCCAUUCCUCCUCUGGAUCAUCCAGGUGGUCAUUGGCAAACUUCAGACGGGCCUGGACAUGCGCUGGCUUGAGCAGUGGGACCUUACGUGCGCUGCAGGAUUUUAAUCCAUGACGGCGUAGUGUGUUACUAAUGGUUUUCUUUGAGACUGUGGUCCCAGCUCUCUUCAGGUCAUUGACCAGGUCCUGCCGUGUAGUUCUGGGCUGAUCCCUCACCUUCCUCAUGAUCAUUGAUGCCCCACGAGGUGAGAUCUUGCAUGGAGCCCCAGACCGAGGGUGAUUGACCGUCAUCUUGAACUUCUUCCAUUUUCUAAUAAUUGCGCCAACAGUUGUUGCCUUCUCACCAAGCUGCUUGCCUAUUGUCCUGUAGCCCAUCCCAGCCUUGUGCAGGUUUACAAUUUUAUCCCUGAUGUCCUUACACAGCUCUCUGGUCUUGGCCAUUGUGGAGAGGUUGGAGUCUGUUUGAUUGAGUUUGUGGACAGGUGUCUUUUAUACAGGUAACGAGUUCAAACAGGUGCAGUUAAUACAGGUAAUGAGUGGAGAACAGGAGGGCUUCUUAAAGAAAAACUAACAGGUCUGUGAGAGCCGGAAUUCUUACUGGUUGGUAGGUGAUCAAAUACUUAUGUCAUGCAAUAAAAUGCAAAUUAAUUACUUAAAAAUCACACAAUGUGAUUUUCUGGAUUUUUGUUUUAGAUUCCGUCUCUCACAGUUGAAGUGUACCUAUGAUAAAAAUUACAGAACUCUACAUGCUUUAUAAGUAGGAAAACCUGCAAAAUCGGCAGUGUAUCAAAUACUUGUUCUCCCCACUAUAUGUGUUUGGGUAAAAAUAAAAAAUGUGUUUUAUUCUAUAAACUACUGACAAUACUUCUCCCAAAUUCCCCCCAAAAAUAUUGUCAUUUAGAGCAUUUAUUUGCAGAAAAUGACAACUGGUCAAAAUAACAAAGUUGCAGUGUUGUCAGACCUCGAAUAAUGCAAAGAAAAUAAGUUCAUGUUCAUAAAAAACAAAAACACAAUAGCAAUAUUUUAACUUAGGAAGAGUUCAGAAAUCAAUAUUUGGUGGAAUAACCCUGAUUUUCAAUCACAGCUUUCAUCCUUCUUGGCAUGCUCUCCACCAGUCUUUCACAUUGAUGUUGGGUGACUUUAUGCCACUCCUGGCUCAAAAAUUCAAGCAGCUCGGCUUUGUUUGAUUGCUUGUGACCAUCCAUCUUCCUCUUGAUCACAUUCCAGAAGUUUCAAUGGGGUUCAGGUCUGGAGAUUGGGCUGGCCAUGACAUGGUCAUGAUCUGGUGGUCCUCCAUCCACACCUUGAUUGACCUGGCUGUGUGGCAAGGCGCAUUGUCCUGCUGGAAAAAACAAUCCUCAGAGUUGGGGAACAAUGUCAGAGCAAAAGGAAGCAAGUUUUCUUCCAGGACAACCUUGUACGUGUCUUGAUUCAUGCGUCCUUCACAAAGACAAAUCUGCCCGAUUCCAGCCUUGCUGAAGCACCGCCAUAUCAUCACCGAUCUUCCACCAAAUUUCACACUGUGGCUUGUAGGCCUCUCCAGGUCUCUGUCUAACCAUUAGACGACCAGGUGUUGGGCAAAGCUGAAAAUUGGACUCAUCAGAGAAGAUGACCUUACUCCAGUCCUCUACGGUCCAAUCCUUAUGGUCUUUUGCAAACCUCAGCCUGGCUCUUCUUUGCUUAUCAUUGAUGAAGGGCUUUUUUCUAGCUUUACACGACUUCAGCCCUGCCCCUAGGAGCCUGUUUCGAACCGUCCUCGCCGUGCACUUCACCCCAGCUGCCGUUUGCCAUUAUUUUUGUAGGUCACUUGAUGUCAUCCUACUGUUGUUGAGUGACAUUCGAAUGAGUUGGCGGUCAUCCCGGUCAGUAGAGAGUCGUUUUCGCCCUCUGCUGGUCUGUAGCUUUGUUGUCCCCAAUGUCUGCUGCUUGACCUGGUUCUUAUGAACCGCCGUCUUUGAAAUUUUAAGGAUGGAAGCAACCUGACGCUCACUGUAUCCCUCUGCCAGUAAAGCCAGAAUUGAACCCUUCUUUUCCUCACUCAAAACUUUCCUUUUCAACUCUUUUGGCAUGGUCAAUAUUUUUUUUUUUUAAUUAAUAUUACUUUUGAGCUACUAUUAGCACUGUUUUUGCCAUCCAGCUGGUCCUAUUGCAAGAGGAUAGUGAUGACCACAGCAGUGGUUUUUAUACUUUUCCUCGUUAAAUAAGAUUUUGUUCAUGUGAUCACCUAAUCAGUACCUAAUUCAGUAGAAUGAGGUGUGCCUGUGUUGGAAUUCAACAGACACUGGAAUGGAAUGGCUGUCAUACAUGUAGAGAUGCUGAUUUAAGAAAAAUGUGCAGUGGUCUCUUAAUUUUUUCCACAGCUGUAUAUACCUUAUACAUACAUGUAUGUGUAUGUAUGUAUAUAUGUGUGUGUGUAUAUAUAUAUAUAUGUGGUCCUCUGUAGCUCAGCUGGUAGAGCACGGCGCUUGUAACGCCAAGGUAGUGGGUUCGAUCCCCGGGACCACCCAUACACAAAAAUGUAUGCACGCAUGACUGUAAGUCGCUUUGGAUAAAAGCGUCUGCUAAAUGGCAUAUUAAUAUUCAUAUAUAUAGAUCGAUUCAUGUAUAUGCUGUGCCUUCAGAAAGUAUUCAUACCCCUUUACUUAUUCCACAUUUUGUUGUUACAGCCUGAAUUCAAAAUUGAUUAAAUCGUUUUUUUUCUCUCACCCAUCUACACACAAUACCCAAUAAUGACAAAGUGAAAACAGGUUUUUAGAAUAUUUUGUACAUUUAUUGAAAAUGAAAUACAGAAAUAUCUCAUUUACACAAGUAUUCAUACCCCUGAGUCAAUACAUGUUAGAAUCACAUUUGGCAGCUAUUACAGCUGUAAGUAUGUAAGAGAUUUGAACACCAGGAUUGUACAAUAUUUGCACAAUAUAUAUAUAUAUAUAUAUUUUUUUUUUUUUAAUUCUUCAAGCUCUGUCAGGUUGGUUGUUGAUCAUUGCUAGACAGCCAUUUUAAAGUCUUGCCAUAGAUGUUCAAGUAGAUUUAAGUCAAAACUGUAACUAGGCCACUCAGGAACAUUCAAUGUCAUCUUGGUAAGCAACUCAACUGUAUAUUUGGCCUUGUGUUUUAGGUUAUUGUCCUGCUGAAAGGUGAAUUCAUCUCCCAGUCUCUGGUGGAAAGCAGACUGAACCAGGUUUUCCUCUAGGAUUUUGCCUGUGCUUAGCUCCAUUCCGUUUCUUUAUCCUGAAAAACUCACCAGUCCUUAACGAUUACAAGCAUACCCAUAACACGAUGCAGCCAGCACUAUGCUUGAACAUAUGGAGAGUGGUACUCAUUAACGUGUUGUAUUGGAUUUGCCCCAAACAUAACACAUUUUUUGCCGUAUUACUUUAGUGUCUUGUUGCAAACAGGAUGGAUGUUUUGGAAUAUUUCAUAUCUUUGGCCUGCAGUAGCUAAAGCUUAAUAAUAGCCACACCAUACCAAACCUUCACAAAUGUUUCUAAACUUUAUUAGGGUAAUAUCAAAAGUAAGUCAAGCCAUUUGUUUGUAGGGAAAAUACGAGGAAAAGGGUAAAUGUAAACCAGAUUUAAAAAAUGCACUACCCUCCCCUGUGCGCCCCAAAAAACCACACAACCCUCCCAUUUUUUGACCCCCCCCCCCCCCCCAGCACAUUUCUAUCUGUCCCUAAGUGUGAAACAUUUAUUUUCCUUCCAUAGCAGAGUUCACUUUCCUGCUUACUAUUCAACUAUGACAUUGUGUGUGUGCUUUGUCAGUACCUGAUACCACCUUCAACAUGUAUGUGUUUAUUCAGUGGGUAGAGGGCUCUAUGGCGUCAUAGAGUAAGCCUAUAUGCUUCCUAUAUCACAACUGUAGGUUGAUAACUGUGUUUUUUUUUUCUUCAUGCUGUUUGUUUUAUUAUUGAUGAGAGAGGGAGUGCGAGAACAGAACAGUACAGUCGUGGUCCAAAGUUUUGAGAAUGACACAAGUAUUGGUCUUCAUAAAGUUUGCUGCUUCAGUGUUUUUAUAUAUUUUUGUCAGAUGUUACUAUGGUAUACUGAAGUAUAAUUACAAGUAUUCCAUAAGUGUCAAUGGCUUUUAUUGACAAUUACAUUAAGUUUAUGCAAAGAGUCAAUAUUUGCAGUGUUGACCCUUCUUUUUCAAGACCUCUGCAAUCCGCCCUGGCAUGCUGUCAAUUAACUUCUGGGUCACAUCCUGAAUGAUGGCAGCCCAUUCCUGCAUAAUCAAUGCUUGGUGUUUGUCAGAAUUUGUGGGGUUUUGUUUGUCCACCCGCCUCUUGAGGAUUGACCACAACUUCUCAAUGAGAUUAAGGUCUGGGGAGUUUCCUGGCCAUGGACCCAAAAUGUCAAUGUUUUGUUCCCCGAGCCACUUAGUUAUCACUUUUGCCUUAUGGCAAAGUGCUCCAUCAUGCUGGAAAAGGUAUUGGUCAUCACCAAACUGUUCUUGGAUGGUUGGGAGAAGUUGCUCUCGGAGGAUGUGUUGGUACCAUUCUUUAUUCAUGGCUGUGUUCUUAGGCAAAAUUGUGAGUGAGCCCACUCCCUUGGCUGAGAAGCAACCCCACACAUGAAUGGUCUCAGGAUGCUUUACUGUUGGCAUGCUACAGGACUGAUGGUAGCGCUCACCUUGUCUUCUCCGGACAAGCUUUUUUCCGGAUGCCCCAAACAAUCGGAAAGGGGAUUCAUCAGAGAAAAUGACUUUACCCCAGUCCUCAGCAGUCCAAUCCCUGUACCUUUUGCAGAAUAUCAGUCUGUCCCUGAUGUUUUUCCUGGAGAGAAGUGGCUUCCUCGCUGCCCUUGACACCAGGCCAUCCUCCAAAAGUCUUCGCCUCACUGUGCGUGCAGAUGCACUCACACCUGCCUGCUGCCAUUCCUGAGCAAGUCCUGGCACUUGCUGGACUUUCUUGGGCGCCCUGAAUCCUUCUUCACAACAAUUGAACCUCUCUCCUUGAAGUUUUUGAUGAUCCGAUAAAUGGUUGAUUUAGGUGCAAUCUUACUAGCAGCAAUAUCCUUGCCUGUGAAGCCCUUUUUGUGCAAAGCAAUGAUGACGGCACGUGUUUCCAUGCAGGUAACCAUUGUUAACAGAGGAAGAACAAUGAUUUCAAGCACCACCCUCCUUUUAAAGCUUCCAGUCUGUUAUUCUAACUCAAUCAGCAUGACAGAGUGAUCUCCAGCCUUGUCUUCAUCAACACUCUCACCUGUGUUAACGAGAGAAUCACUGAUAUGAUGUCAGCUGGUCCUUUUGUGGCAGGGCUGAAAUGCAGUGGAAAUGUUUGUUGGGAUUAAGUUCAUUUUCAUGGCAAAGAGGGGACUUUUAAAAUUAAUUGCAAUUCAUCUGAUCACUCUUCAUAACAUUCUGGAGUAUAUGCAAAUUGCCAUCAUAAAAAUUGAGGCAGCAGACUUUGUGAAAAUUAAUAUUUGUGUCAUUCUCAAAACUUUUGACCACGACUGUACAUCAAGACUGACUUAAGGGAAACUGCUUGUGGGGCUCCAGAAAACAUAAUUAUAUGAGGGUGAUUUCUUAUCUGAAGGACAUUUUUAAAACAUAGCCACAGUAAUCUUCCCCUCAGUCUGUGUUGUCAGGUUCCCUUAACGAGGAGGAGGAGUUAUGGUACUAUUUAUUCUGGUCUGCUGGUGAUGAUGCCGCAUCAAUCCCUUGUUGUGUUUUCAUAACCGUUAACAUUUUAUUACUCCACCUUUCCCGGAGAUAGAUCCCCACCUGACCCCCCCCCUCCCUCUCUCUUUCUCCCCUCUCUCGCUCCCCCCCCCCCCUUUGAGUGGCGUGGCUGUGCAUGUGCUUAGCAGUGGAAUGAUCUGCUAUGCUGUGCUCUUCCCUACGGAACAGCACACAGUGUGAGAUAAUGACACAAAUCCUUUACCAGGGCCAAGCUCUCUAAUUACGCCUGCUCUUCUGGGGAGAGGACAGACAAUAUUAACCAUCUGUUAACGUCCCACCCUCUAGAACUCAACCUGUUUUCAUCCAUUUCACCGUCCUUGUGCUCAUGGACAUCAUGUAUGUUCACUCCUCCGUAAUCCUGUUUUUAUGGUAUUAUGUCUUUGUUGUCGUCAAUAAAGUCGAAGGCCCCACAUUACCUAUCAUUGUAACUGGGAUAUAGAGGAGAGGAGAUGGGAGUGCUUUAUUUAACCCUUUCCCCAUGUUCAAUGCCCUCUUACAUCAAUGUUCAGCUGAUCUACUACUAUUAAAAACCUCUAUGGUUGCUCUCUUUAUGUAAAGUCCUUUAUUUCACCUCUCCUCUCCAUCUCUGUCUGUACAGAGGACGGACCCUCAGCUCCUGGCCCAGUUCUACUAUGCUGAUGAGGAGCUCAACCAGGUGGCCACAGAACUGGACAGCCUGGAUGGCAGGAAGGACCCUCAGAGGUGUACGCUGCUGGUCAACCAGUUCAGAUCAUGUCAGGUAAGAAUCUAAAGGGACUGACACUGGUUCAUUUGAGUACCCUCAGAAUAGGGCCACAAUUCUCUAGCAGGUCUCUUAUAGUUUCGUUUCACCAUGUUUCUGAUUUCUUUUACACUUCCAUCUCCAUAAAUUAAGAAAAAUCCAUCACGGACAUUUGAUUUAUGAGAGGUAAUGCUGUAACCCAGUUUGGCAGAGAGCACUUAAAGUCCACCAUGCCAAGCAAAGUGAAUGAGAGUUGAAGUAUUAGACGUUUGACCUCAAAUGUUUAAAACUAUGACAACAAACUCUACAACAGGGGAGUUUGAACUGCAAAAAGCCUGAGAUUGGUUGGCUGAUAUGGUAGGGGUUGUACGAUUGUCCCAGUAAGCAUUGAUUGGACGGGCCGUUAAAUCAAGCCGCUUCACAGUGAUAAGGGGAGAUGAGGAGUCCCUGUGAUUGCAAGCAGUUGAUUAUAUCAUCAUGUUUUGAUAGCCUUUUUCAGGUUGUGAGUUCCUUGUGUUCGUGAUAUCUAGGUCAGGAAUGAAGGCUUGGAUGAGUGCCUUUGGAAUGAUCAAUGAAGUGGAGCUACUAGAGAUUGGGUCUUGAAGUCAAUCUCCACUUUUAAAUACAGUGCAUUCGGAAAGUAUUCAGACCCCUUGACCUUUUCCCCAUUUUGUUACGUUACAGCCUUAUUCUAAAAUGAAUUAAGUAGUUUUUUCCCCCUCAUCAAUCUACACACAAUACCCCAUAAUGACAAAGCAAAAACAGUUUUUUUUUUAGAAAUUGUAGCAAAUGUAUUAAAAAUAAAAACCGGAAAUAUCACAUUUACAUAAGUAUUCAGACCCUUUACUCAGUACUUUUUGAAGCACCUUCGGCAGCGAUUACAGCCUCGAGUCUUCUUGGGUAUGACACUACAAGCUUGGCACACCUGUAUUUGGGGAGUUUCUCCCAUUCUUCUCUGCAGAUCCUCUCAAGCUCUGUCAGGUUGGAUGGGGAGUGUCGCUGCAGUGCUAUUUUCAGGUCUCUACAGAGAUGUUAGAUCGGGUUCAUGUCCGGGCUCUGGCUGAGCCACUCAAGGACAUUCAGAGACUUGUCCCGAUGCCACUCCUACGUUGUCUUGGCUGUGUGCUUAGGGUCGUUGUCUUGUUGGAAGGUGAACCUUCACCCCAGUCUGAGGUCCUGAGCACUCUGGAGAAGGUUUUCAUCAAGGAUCUCUCUCUACUUUGCUCCGUACAUCUUUCCCUCGAUCCUGACUAGUCACCCAGUCCCUGCCGCUGAAAAACAUCCCCACAGCAUGAUGCUGCCACCACCAUGCUUCAUCGUAGGGAUGGUAUUGGCCAGGUGAUGAGCAGUGCCUGAUUUCCUCCAGAUGUGACGCUUGGCAUUCAGGCCAAAGAGUUCAAUCUUGGUUUCAUCAGACCAGAGAAUAUUGUUUCUCAUGAUCUGAGAGUCCUUUAGGUGCCUUUUGGCAAACUCCAAGCGGGCUGUCGUGCCUUUUACUGAGGAGUGGUUUCCGUCUGGCGACUCUACCAUAAAGGCAUGAUUGGUGGAGUGCUGCAGAGAUGGUUGUCCUUCUGGAAGGUUCUCCCAUUUCCACAGAGGAACUCCGGAGCCCUGUCAGAGUGACCAUCGGGUUCUUGGUCACCUCCCUGACCAAGGCCCUUCUCCCCUGAUUUCUCAGUUUGGCCGGGCGGCCAGCUCUAGGAAGAGUCUUGGUGGUUCCAAACUUGAUGGAGGCCACUGUGUUCUUGGGGACCGUCAAUGCUGCAGAAUUGUUUUGGUACCUUUCCCUAGAUCUGUGCCUCGAUGAACAGCGCCGGAGAAGAUGGCUGCCGUUUUACAGCCCUCUAACCAAUUGUACUAUUAUGUGUGUUUUUCCGCGUUAUUUGUAAUUUAUUUUGUACAUAAUGUUUCUGCCAUCGUCUCUUAUAACCAAAAAGAGCUUCUGGAUAUCAGGACAGCGAUUACUCACCUCGCAUUGGACGAAGAUUUUUUCUUCAACGAGGCGGCCGCGAAGGAUAUCCUACAAACACCCGACAAGGCCCAAAUCCCCGUCAUUCGCGUGAGGAAGAGACGGAGAUAUCGCGGACGCAGAUCCGGUUGCCUUGUAAGGAUCCGACGGCGAGCGAGUAAACUGCCUCUCCCAUCAAUCCUAUUAGCCAACGUUCAAGCUUUUGAGAAUAAAAUGGACGAUUUAAGAUUACGGUUAUCCUACCAACGGGACAUUAAAAACUGUAAUAUCUUAUGUUUCACGGAGUCGUGGCUGAACGACAACAAUGAUAACAUUCAGCUAGCAGGCUAUACGCUACAUCGACAGGACAGAACGGCAGACUCUGGUAAGACAAGGGGUGGCGGUCUGUGUAUAUUUGUAAACAACAGCUGGUGCACAAAAUCAAAUACUAAGGAAGUCUUGAGGUUUUGCUCGCCUGAGGUAGAGUAUCUUAUGAUAAGCUGUAGACCACACUAUUUACCAAGAGAGUUUUCAUCUAUAUUUUUCAUAGCUGUCUAUUUACCACCACAAACCAAUGCUGGCAUUAAGACUGCACUGAAUGAGUUGUACAAGGCCAUUAAUCAACAGGAAAACGCUCAUCCAGAUGCAGCGCUCCUAGUGGCCGGGGACUUUAAUGCAGGGAAACUUAAAUCCGUUCUACCUAAUUUCUACCAGCAUGUUAAAUGUGCAACCAGAGGGAAAAAAACUCUAGACCACCUUUACUCCACACACAGAGACGCAUACAAAGCUCUCCCUCGCCCUCCAUUUGGCAAAUCUGACCAUAACUCUAUCCUCCUGAUUCCUGCUUAUAAGCAAAAACUGAAGCAGGAAGCACCAGUGAUUCGGUUAAUAAAAAAGUGGUCAGAUGACGCAGAUGCUAAGCUACAGGACUGUUUUGCUAGCACAGACUGGAACAUGUUCCGGGAUUCUUCAGACAGCAUUGAGGAGUACACCACAUCAGUCACUGGCUUCAUCAAUAAGUGCAUCGAUGAUGUCGUCCCCACAGUGACCGUACGUACAUACCCCAACCAGAAGCCAUGGAUUACAGGAAACAUCCGCACUGAGCUAAAGGGUAGAGCUGCCGCUUUCAAGGAACGGGACUCUAACCCGGACGCUUAUAAGAAAUCCCGCUAUGACCUCCGACGAACCAUCAAACAGGCAAAGAGUCAAUACAGGUCUAAGAUUGAAUCAUACUACACUGGCUCUGACGCUCGUCGGAUGUGGCAGGGCUUGAAAACUAUUACAGACUACAAAGGGAAGCACAGCCGCGAGCUGCCCAGUGACACAAGCCUACCAGACGAGCUAAACCACUUCUAUGCUCGCUUCGAGGCAAGUAACACUGAAGCAUGCAUGAGAGCACCAGCUGUUCCGGAUGACUAUGUGAUCACGCUCUCCGUAGCCGAUGUGAGUAAGACUUUUAAGCAGGUCAACAUUCACAAGGCCGCAGGGCCAGACGGAUUACCAGGACGUGUACUCCGAGCAUGUGCUGACCAACUGGCAAGUGUCUUCACUGACAUUUUCAACAUGUCCCUGACUGAGUCUGUAAUACCAACAUGUUUCAAGCAGACCACCAUAGUCCCCGUGCCCAAGAACUCUAAGAUAACCUGCCUAAAUGACUACCGACCCGUAGCACUGACGUCUGUAGCCAUGAAGUGCUUUGAAAGACUGGUCAUGGCUCACAUCAACAGCAUAAUCCCAGAAACCCUAGACCCACUCCAAUUUGCAUACCGCCCCAACAGAUCCACAGAUGAUGCAAUCUCUAUCGCACUCCACACUGCCCUUUCCCACCUGGACAAGAGGAACACCUACGUGAGAAUGCUAUUCAUUGACUACAGCUCAGCAUUCAACACCAUAGUGCCCUCUAAGCUCAUCACUAAGCUAAGGAUCCUGGGACUAAACACCUCCCUCUGCAACUGGAUCCUGGACUUCCUGACGGGCCACCCCCAGGUGGUAAGGGUAGGUAACAACACAUCUGCCACACUGAUCCUCAACACGGGGGCCCCUCAGGGGUGCGUGCUCAGUCCCCUCCUGUACUCUCUGUUCACCCAUGACUGCAUGGCCAUGCACGACUCCAACACCAUCAUUAAGUUUGCCGACGACACAACAGUGGUAGGCCUGAUCACCGACAACGAUGAGACAGCCUAUAGGGAGGAGGUCAGAGAUCUGGCCGUGUGGUGCCAGGACAACAACCUCUCCCUCAACGUGACCAAGACAAAGGAGAUGAUUGUGGACUACAGGAAAAAAAAGAGGACUGAGCACGCCCCCAUUCUCAUCGACGGGGCUGUAGUGGAACAGGUUGAGAGCUUCAAGUUCCUUGGUGUCCACAUCACCAACGAACUAUCAUGGUCCAAACACACCAAGACAGUCGUGAAGAGGGCACGACAAAGCCUAUUCCCCCUCAGGAGACUAAAAAGAUUUGGCAUGGGUCCUCAGAUCCUCAAAAAAUUCUACAGCUGCACCAUCGAGAGCAUCCUGACUGGUUGCAUCACCGCCUGGUAUGGCAACUGCUUGGCCUCUGACCGCAAGGCACUACAGAGGGUAGUGCGUACGGCCCAGUACAUCACUGGGGCAAAGCUUCCUGCCAUCCAGGACCUCUAUACCAGGCGGUGUCAGAGGAAGGCCCUCAAAAUUGUCAAAGACUCCAGCCACCCUAGUCAUAGACUGUUCUCUCUGCUACCGCACGGCAAGCGGUACCGGAGUGCCAAGUCUAGGUCCAAAAGACUUCUCAACAGCUUCUACCCCCAAGCCAUAAGACUCCUGAACAGCUAAUCAUGGCUACCCGGACUAUUUGCACUGCCCCCCCACCCCAUCCUUUUUACGCUGCUGCUACUCUGUUAAGUAUUUAUGCAUAGUCACUUUAACUCUACCCACAUGUACAUAUUACCUCAACUACCUCAACUAGCCGGUGCCCCCGCACAUUGACUCUGCAACGGUACCCCCCUGUAUAUAUAGCCUCCCUACUGUCACUUUAUUUUACUUCUGCUCUUUUUUUCUCAACACUUUUUUUGUUGUUUUUUUAUUCUUACUUUUUUGUUUAAAAUAAAUGCACUGUUGGUUAAGGGCUGUAAGUAAGCAUUUCACUGUAAUGUCUGCACCUGUUGUAUUCGGCGCAUGUGACCAAUAAAAUUUGAUUUGAUUUGACACAAUCCUGUCUCAUAUCUCUAAGGACAUUUCCUUCGACCUCAUGGCUUGGUUUUUGCUCUUGACAUGCACUGUCAACCGUGGGACCUUAUAUAGACAGGUGUGUUCCUUUCCAAAUCAUGUCCAAUCAAUUGAAUUUACCACAGGUGGACUCCAAUCAAGUUGUAGAAACAUCUCAAGGAUGAUCAAUGGAAACAGGAUGCACCUGAGCACAAUUUCGAGUCUCAUGGCAAAGGGUCUGAAUACUUAUGUAAAUAAGGUAUUUCUGUUUUAAAAAAAUUAUACAUAUGCAAAAAUUUCCAAAAACCUAUUUUCGCUUUGUCAUUAUGGGGUAUUGUGUGUAGAUUGAUGAAAAAGUCAAAAUCCAUUUUAGAGUAAGGCUGUAAUGUUACAAUAUGUGGAAAAAAUGAAUACUUCCCGACUGCACUGUAUAGAUAUCUUGACACACCUGGUUUGAUGUUUUCAGGCAGUAUGGGGUCAGAGUAAAGGAUUGACUGUCAGGUUGUUUUGUAUGACUUGAUAUGUCAAUGUUAUGUAGAUCCACUAUAGGAUAUUAGUCUGCUUGACAGUAGAUUAAGCUUAUCCGCCUCACUAACAUAUUUGUCUCUGUCUGAGACCUGUCACAUGAAAGAUGGAAGACUAUUGUGUCGAUGUGGAGUUGGGGGGCUUUGACAUUUCUAAACUGGUCUUCCUCCAGAUAUGUGGUCAAGUGCAGGUGAGGUGUGUGGGGUCUGGUCUGUGUGAAUGAUGUCUGCCAUGCUGCUGCCUGCCAGGGUGAUAUUCAGGGGGGGCAGACUGAGAGAGGUCGUUAGCAGGCCCACCAUCGUGCCUGAGCCUCGUGCACCCAGGGCCCAGAGGGGGAUGCUCCUAAUAAGGUCACUGCUUGAUCCCCAACUGCUUUCCCUCUCUUAUUUUCUCCUCUCUGUCUCCAUCCUCCCCCACCCCAUCCCCUCGCUCCCUUUCUCCAUUCCAUGCUCUCAUUGUCCAUCCUCUCUCGCUCUCUGCUGAGUUUUCGUAUUCUUGUCAUUAUCACCUUAAAUUGACCACGCCGGGAAGUGCUGUGUGUUAGCUUUGCGUCAUGUUGUGCUUCGUAAACCCAAAGGCUGUUAGCUGACUGCAGGGCAUUUUCAGCAACUGAGAAUGAUCAAUCCUGGUUUGGCUCUUUCCAUAUUUCCCCCUGAAGGAAAAUAACAGUGCUUCAGGUAUGCCACACUGCCUCUUGUUCUCUCAGCCAGUGUUUUGCUUAUACACUCAUAUUUAUCUGAAACUUGUCAGGUAGGCUUUUAAAUCCCAUGGUUAGAAAACAGUAUUUUGUUGUAGGCUACCUCGUUGAGACAAGGAACAGGAUGUGACUAGCAUGUGACCAGCAUGCUUUAAUAAUACCCUGUAUACCUGAGACCCCCAGAAUGGAAGGCAAAUGGUCUGGCAGUGCAGAGUUGUCUGCACGACCCUAACAUUGCUGUUAUGAGCUCUUAUUGAUGGCCAUGAUAUUCAUGGCCAUGGGCCUCACUGAGGUGCCAAGCUGCUCAAGUUAUGUUGGCAUAGUUGCUCUCACAGCAUGGACUGCACCAGUGGAAGAGACUGCGAGAGAGAAAGAGAGACAGAUUGCUUGUUCUUCUUUUAUCUCUCUUACUGGCAAAGCAUAAACCUAGAGGGUAGGAGUGUGGAGAGCAAGCUCUAUCUGCAGCUACUGUAGGUAUCAUCUCAAUGUCAUUUUGUCUGAUGAGGGGCUGAUAGUGGUCAAGAUUAGGCCUAGCUGUAGUGUGUCACACAAGACUAUGGCCAGAGGAACAUUGGGCUGGUGGGGCCACUAGGAAUAGGCCAAGGAGUAGGUAGUACAGCACUGCAAUAAAGGAGUCGGUGGUUAAGCUUUUUAAUCUUGCUCCCCGGGGCUAGCAGCAAAGACGUAGUGCUGUUCCUGGAGAGAGAGAGCGAGGGAGAGAGCGAUAAAAGGCUCAUUGUUAUGGCUGUUGUACAUGCCAGUGGCACACAAGCUCAUGAUUAGCUCUCACUGUGCGUGACAGUUUGUUUGCACUGCUGGAAUUAUGGGAUUUAGUUUAGUGUUUUUUUUAUUGAGUUGUGAUUGAGGGCUAUAAUGAGACCAUUCUGAGCAUGGGCCUGUUUAAUUGUUUUCAGCCUGUUCCCUGUUCAGGGUUCUCCAGACAAUGCAGUCAAAUGCUCUACAUGUAGAGGGGGUUGUUGAGUGGAAGGUUUUACAGUGGUAGUUUGUGAAACAUUAUGAUCAAAACUUGUGCGUUUUGUUUGGUUUGCAGUCAUUCAUCACCAACAUAAUUGGUAUUAUUGACGCCCCUUUUCAUUCAGUACAUUUAUUCACUCAUUUAUUCAAUCUCUGUCCCUGUCACUCUCCCUGUGUCUGCAGGACAAUGUCUUGAACAUUAUCAACCAGAUCAUGGAGGAAUGUAUCCCUGGUGACAGAGCCAACAGAGACUUCUGUGUCAAGUUCCCAGAGGAGAUUCGCCAUGACAACCUGGCAGGACAGCUGUGGUUUGGGGCUGAGGUAAUGCACUGAAUGCCCUCCAGUAUCAUCUCACACGACAUUAACUAUACAUACUCUGUAUGAAUAUUAGUCUGCUAGACACUAUAGGCACUCUUCAUGCCCAUUUACAGUCAUGUUUCCUAUCUGUUUUCACACUGUAAUGGUCAGCUGGAUCAUUAUAUAACUCAUUAUUCCUUGUGUUAAUCACUUGUGCAUAGACACGUUUGUCUUGAAGAAAAAUAUACAUUAUUUUAAUGAGACUAACCUGGAUAAAGAAGGGUUAAAUAACUCCAGUCAUUCCCUUCUCUCACCAUCUCUGCGUGUAGUGUCUGGCUGCAGGCUCCAUCAUCAUGAACAGGGAGAUAGAGAGCAUGGCCAUGAGGCCUCUAGCCAAGGACCUGACCCGUAGUCUGGAGGAGGUCCGCAACAUCACGCGAGACCAGGCCCUCCGAGACCUCAACGUCUACACAGACCGCAUGAGGGACGCGCUGCGCCACUUCGACAGCCUUUUUGCUGAGUUUGAGCUCAGGUAGCUAUAGGACAUCAGCAUCUUAAACAAUUGGACAUCAUCAUCAACAACAUAUUUGACUGUAUUUUAAUGUAUUUUUACAUGAUUCCCUCUGUCUGUCAGCUAUGUAUCAGCCAUGGUGCCUGUGAAGUCUCCCAAAGAAUACUAUGUUCAGCAGGAUGUGAUUGUGCUCUUCUGUGAGACUGUGGAGAGGUGAGUUGUAUGGGGGGCCACAGAGGAAGAGAGACGAACCAUGUCACGGGGAAAAGCCAUGGGACUGUGUGAGGGCUAGGUUUGAGUUUAGGUUUGUAACCUUAGAGUUGGAGUUAGUGCUCAGAUGACAGUCGAGUGGUUUAGCAAGUUUCAGACAUGGUACUCCAUGCAUGCAGGGUUUCUUCAAUUUUUCUAAUGGUUGUCUAAUAUUAAUUCACAGCCCCUCGUCUUUGUUGUGUUUGUCUCAGGGCACUCAAGCUGGGCUAUCUCAGCCAAGAUAUGAUCGAUGACUAUGAACCCGCUCUGAUGUUUACAAUCCCCAGACUAGCCAUUGUGUGGUAAGUGUUGUUUUCUCCGUCUCCUCUUGUUCUUCUUCCUGGAACUCUCUGAUACUAAGAACAUUUUAUAAUCCCCCUGUCUGUCCCUCAGUGGUCUGGUGGUGUACUGUGAAGGUCCGCUCAACCUGGAUAGGAAACCAGAGGACAUGUCUGAGCUCUUCCGGCCCUUCCGCACUUUACUGAAGAAGAUCAGGUACCGUUAAGAGGAUGCACAUAUAGAUUGUCCUCUGUAUUUAAUCAUAGGUAGAAAAUAGCUCUGUGAACCAUCACAACAAUCUUGUGAACAUAAGUCUCAAGGACCUUGCCAAACAGUCUAAAAAUCAUGGGCCACUAUCAUCCUGAUUGCGUGAUUAUUUUAGGCUGGACGUUUGUAAGUAUGUUGUUAAGGUUGUCUUAUUCCCAUAGGGACCUGCUGCAGACCCUGUCAGAGGAGGAGUUGUUGACGCUGGAGCGGAGCCUCUGUAUCUCUCAGGACGGGUUCCCCUUGGUCCCCGAGCUUCCCCCCACCCCAGCCCCCACCGUUGCCCCAGACCCCCUCUCAUCCAACAACCCCACCAGUGACAUCCCGGAGGGGCAGAGUGAGGAGGAGCAGGUGAGGGAGCAGCAGCAGGAGGUGCUGUCUCUGUGCAUCUCCCACAUCCAGGACGAGGAGGACAGGGAGUGGGAGGAGGUGGAGAGGGCAGAGGAGGAGGAGCAGGGUAGUCUGUGUGAGGAGGCGGAGGAGGCAGACCUGGCCUGCUCCAUGCAAUAUGAUGAGGAAGAGAUCGAACAGCUCAACAUGAUGGUGCACCGCGUGGGGGACGAGAUGUUCACGCUGCUGUCCCCUCCCAGCCAGGGACAGUCCCCAGCCCACCGCCCCAACAGAGGGGGCUCUAGCGGUAGCUCCAGCACUGAGGCCUCCCCCCUCCGGGUGCUGGUGGGCCGGGGAAGGACAGGUCUCUACCACGAGGAGGAGGACAGAGUCUUCUUCAUGGAGGACCUGGACGCAGGAGGGGACCUUGUGACUAGCACUCGUCAAACCUCGCCUUCCAAAGCCCCUCAGCCCUCUUCUCCUCAGCACUGCAGGCCUGGCCCCCAGACAGACUCAACCAGGAAUGGCUGGCCCACUGAUGCCCAGUCAGAUCUGUCCCAGCAGCCCCACAGCCAGCCCUCACAGUGCCCCAGCACCAAGCGACCCUAUCCCAGCCCUGGCCGGGAGCCCCUGCCCUACACUAAUGGCUGGGAGGUGGGCCUGGAGGGGGCGGAAACUGCUGAGGUCAUCGCACACCGCAUGGGAGGGAUGAAGCUAUCGGCCACAGUGAUUUUCAACCCCCACUCCCCCAGCCUGACUGAGCUGGCUGUGGACAAGCUGCUCCUGCCCCGACCCCUCUCCUCCUCAGAGACAGAGCCAUGCGCCCCCCUGGUGGCCACACACUGCUUGCUUAACUCCUGUGUCUGCUGCGGCAGCUGUGAGGACGGCCAUGAUGACGCCCUCACCAUGGACACCACAGGGCUGGGGCUGGGGAUGGGCCUGGGGUUCGACAAACACUGCAAGCCCCCUCUGCCACACAGCUCUGUCAUCCAUUCCUCUGCCUGCCGCCUGGUUUCCUCAGGACACGACCAACAUGGGAAAGGGGACUCUCCCCCCAAGCUGACGCCCCCCUCCUCCCGCUGCUCCUCAGAGCCACCUCCAGGGGAGGAGGAAGGGGACCAGCGCUGUGACAAGUGCCUGGUGGUGGUGGCCCUGGGGCCUCAGCAGUGCCUGGGCCAGAACAGGAGCCCCAUUGGGGUAAGGGGAGCCCCAGAACCUUGUGCCCACCAGUGCAGGACAGUCAGGAGGCCUCAGGCCAGCGAGGGAAGGGACAGGACGGGGACCAGAGAGGCAGACAGUGAGUCCAAGGAAGAGAGCAAGAAGAACACUAGGUAUGAAUGUACGGUGCAUUCGGAAAGUAUUCAGACCCCUUGACUUUUUCCACAUUUUGUUACGUUACAGCCUUAUUCUAAAAUGGAUUAAAUUGUUUUUUCCCCUGAUCAAUCUACAUUUUACAUUUUAGUCAUUUAGCAGAUGCUCUUAUCCAGAGCGACUUAAGUUAGUGAGUGCAUACAUUUUUUCACACUGGCCCCUCGUGGGAAACGAACGCACAACCCUGGCGUUGCAAGCUCCAUGCUCUACCAACUGAGCUACACACAAUGCCCCAUAAUGACAAAGCAAAAACAGGUUUUUAGAUAUUUUAAAACAUUUAUUUAAAAAAUACAACUCAUAUCACAUUUACAUAAGUAUUCAGACCCUUUACUCAGUACUUUGUUGAAGCACCUUUGCCAGCGAUUACAGCCUCGAGUCUUCUUGGGUAUGACGCUACAAGCUUGGCACACCUUUAUUUGGGGAGUUUCUCCCAUUUCUCUCUGCAGAUCCUCUCAAGCUCUGGCUGAGCCACUCAAGGACAUUCAGAGACUUGUCCUGAAGCCACUCCUGCGUUGUCUUGGCUGUGUGCUUAGGGUCGUUGUCCGGUUGGAAGGUGAACCUUCGCCCCAGUCUGAGGUCCUGAGCGCUCUGGAGCAGGUUUUCAUCAAGGAUCUCUCUGUACUUUGCUCCAUUAAUCUUUUCCUCGAUCCUGACUAGUCUCCCAGUCCCUGCUGCUGAAAAACAUCCCCACAGCAUGAUGCUGCCAGGUGACGCUUGGCAUUCAGGCCAAAGAGUUCAAUCUUGGUUUCAUCAGACCAGAGAAUCUUGUUUCUCAUGAUCUGAGAGUCCUUUAGGUGCCUUUUGGCAAACUUCAAGCGGGCUGUCAUGUGCCUUUUUACUGAGGAGUGGCUUCCGUCUGGCCACUAUACCAUAAAGGCCUGAUUGGUGGAGUGCUACAGAGAUGGUUGUCCUUCUGGAAGGUUCUCCCAUCUCCACAGAGGAACUCUGGAGCUCUGUCAGAGUGACCAUUGGGUUCUUGGUCACCUCCCUGACCAAGGCCCUUCUCCCCCAAUUGCUCAGUUUGGCCGGGCGGCCAGCUCUAGGAAGAGUCUUGGUGGUUCCAAACUUCUUCCAUUUAAGAAUGAUGGAGGCCACUGUGUUCUUGGGGACCUUCAAUGCUGCAGAAAGUUUUUGGUACCCUUCCCCAGAUCUGUGCCUCGACACAAUCCUGUCUCGGAGCUCUACGGACAUUUCCUUCGACCUCAUGACUUGGUUUUUGCUCUGACAUGCACUGUCAACUGUGGGACCUUUUAUAUAGACAGGUGUGUGCCUUUCCAAAUCAUGUCCAAUCAAUUGAAUUUACCACAGGUGGACUCCAAUCAAGUUGUAGAAACAUCUCAAGGAUGAUCAAUGGAAACAGGAUGCACCUGAGCUCAAUUUCGAGUCUCAUGGCAAAGGGUCUGAAGACUUUAUGGGGUAUUGUGUGUAGAUUGAUAAGGGGGAAAAAAACAUUUAAUCAAUUUUAGAAUAAGACUGUAACGUAACAAAUUGUGGAAAAAGUCAAGGGGUCUGAGUACUUUCCAAAUGCACUGUAUGUGCUAUAGAUGUGUGUUUGGGUGAUGUGUUAUCAGUGCUCCACUUCAAAGCAGGUAGGCUUCAACAACAGUCAUUUACAUCUCUUUGGAAAGCAAACUUCCUCCACGUCUGGUUUCUGGCUAAUUUAACCCACAUCUUGUCAUCCAGUUGUUGUUUUGUGUUUUAUGUUUUGUUUGCUAUUUGCACUUGGCUUUAUGCUUCUUUUGUAGCAUAACAUUCACAGAUUCCAUUUUAUGUUGCUCAUCUGUUAUCGGUUUAUAUUUUGUAUUUAAUUAUUUAGCUUUUCCUCUUUUUUGUUAUUCCCAGUUUUUUUCAGGACUCUCCUCUCAGCUCAGUCUCCAGUAGUGACUGUGAGAGUGUGUCUGUCACCACAUGUAGUCUGUCCAGCAGUGCUUACACAGCCAGGUAACCACUGACCCAUUGUGAACGUCUGUGUCUGUACUGUGUGUGUGUGUGUGUGUGUGUGUGUGUGUGUGUGUGUGUGUGUGUGUGUGUGUGUGUGUGUGUGUGUGUGUUUCUCUUUCAUACAUCCCUAUGUUACAGCUUAUGGUCAUACUAUACUAUAAACCUUUCCCAUCAACAUCUCUAUUUCACUCAUUACUCACUUUGAGAUUGAAAUCAACCACAACCCCUAUAGUACGAUGCAUAUUCAAGUACAGUACACAAUAUGUUGGUGAGCAGUGUUGUGUGUUGAUAAGAAUGACAAUGAAUGUGACAGUCCCUCCCCCUGCCUCUCUCUCUCCAUUCUCUGUCUCCGUCUCCCUUCACUGUAUGUCUCCAUCGCUCUCUCUCUCUCUGGCACGUGCGCUCCCCCUCUCUCCUCCAGCCCUGUCAGCAGUCUGACCACGAGCUCGGGGACGUCAGAGGAUCUGGACCACCAUGAGAUCCAGAUGGCCGCCAGGAACAAGAUCCGCUCGCGCUUCCACAGCAGCAGUGACCUCAUCCACCGCCUCUUCGUCUGCAUAUCGGGUAUGUCUCUCUUUCAAUCAAUCAAUCAAAUGUAUUUAUAGAGCCCUUUUUACAACAGCAGUUGUCACAAAGUGCUUGUACAGAAACCAAGCCUAAAACCCCAGAGAGCAACUAAUGCAGAUGUAGACGCACGAUGGCUAGGAAAAACUCUCUACAAAGUCAAGAACCUAGGAAGAAACCUAGAGAGGAACCAGGCUCUGAGGGGUGGCCAGUCCUCUUCUGGCUGUGCUGGGUGGAGAUUAUAAGAGGACAUGGCCAGUAAGGCCAGAUCGUUCUUCAAGAUGUUCAAACGUUCAUAGAAGACCAGCAGGGUCAAAUAAAAAUCACAGUGGUUGUAGAUGGUGCAAGAGGUCAGCAUGUCAGUUGGCUUUUCAGCCAAGCAUUUAGAGGUCGAGACAGUAUGUGGGGGUGGGUCCGGUGAACAGGUCAGGGUUCCAUGGCCACAGGCAGAACAGCAGAAACUGGGUCAGCAGCACGACCUGGUGGACUAGGGACGGGGACAGCCAGGAGUCGUCAGGCCAGGUAGUCCUGAGGCAUGGUCCUAGGGCUCAGGUCCUCCAGGAGGGGAGAGAGAGAUGGGAGAAUUAGAGCGUGCAUAUCUAAGAUCACACAGGACACCAGAUAAGAUAGGAGAGUAACACCAUAUAUAACAGACUGGCCCUAGCCCCCUGGCACAUAGACUAUUGCAGCAUAGAUACAGGAGACUGAGACAGGGUGGGUUGGGGGACACUGUGGCCCUGUCCAAAGUUACCCCCGGACAGGGUUAAUCCCACCCACUUUGGCAAAGCACAGCCCCCACACCACUAGGGAUAUCAGCAGACCACUAACUUACUACCUUGAGACAAGGCCGAGUAUAGCCCACAAAGAUCUCCCCACCGCACGAGCCAGAGGACAGGAAGGAUGAAAGAGCGUGAGCAAGCCAGUGACUCAGACCCCGUAAUAGGGUCAAAGGCAGAGAAACGCAGUGGAGAUGGGGGAUCUGGCCAGGCAGAGACAGCAAGGGUGGUUCGUCACUCCAGUGCCUUGCCAUUCGCCUUCGCACCCCUGGGCCAGACUACACUCAAUCAUAGAACCUACUGAAGAGAUGAGUCUUCAACAGCAGAAGUGUGACUUUUCUGAGAGAUGAGUCUUCAGUAAAGACUUAAAGGUUGAGACUAGCUGUUUGCUUAGAAAUUCUAGGAACAAUAAAGAGGCCUGUGUCUUGUAACUGUAGCGUACGUGUAGGUAUGUACGGCAGAACCAAAUCGGCGAGAUGGGUAGGAGCAAUUCCAUGUAAUGGUUAGUAGUAAAGUCUUGAAAUCAUCCCUAACCUUAACAGGAAGCCAGUGUAGGGAGGCUAGCACUGGAGUAUUAUUAUAUUUUUGGGGGGUUCUAGUCAAGAUUCUAGCAGCCGUAUUUAGAACUAGCUGAAGUUUAUUUAGUGCCGUAUCCGGGUAACCGGAGAGUAGAGCAUUGCAGUAGUCUAAUCUUGAAGUGACAAAAGCAUGGAUUAGCUCUUCUGCAUCAAAUUUGGACAACGUUUCUGAUUUGUGCAAUGUCACGAAGAUAACAUACGAAGCUGCUCUUGAAAUAUUUUUUAUAUGUACGUUGUAGGAGAGAUCAGGGUCCAGAGUAACGCUGAGGUCCUUCACAGUUUUAUUUGAGAUGACUGUACAACCAUCGAGAUUCAUUUUCAAAUCUGACAGCAGAUCUCUUUGUUUCGUGGGACCUAGAACCAACAUCUCUGUUUUGUCUGAGUUUAAAAGUGAAACAUUUGCCGCCAUUCACUUCCUUAUGACUGGAACACAGGCUUCCAGGGUAGGCAAUUAUGGGGUUUCACCAUGUUUCAUCGAAAUGUACAGCUGUGUGUCAUUUACAUAGCAGUGAAAGUUGACAUUGUGUUUCUGAAUGACAUCACCAAGAGGUUGUGUAUAUAUAGAGAAAACAAUAGAGGUCCUAGAACAGUUGGUGGUCUCUCUCUCGCUCUUUUUAUUUUUAUUUAACCUUUAUUUAACAAGGUCAGUUAAGAACAAAUUCUUAUUCUACCCCGGCCAAACCUGGACGAUGCUGGGCCAAUUGUGCACCGCCAUAUGAGACUCCCAAUCACGGCCGGAUUGUGAUACAGCCUGGAAUCAAACCAGGGUCUGUAGUGAUGCCUCUAGCACUGAGAUACAGUGCCUUAGACCGCUGCGCCACUCGGUCUCUCUGAGGGCAUGGCUCUAUCUGUGCAAGUAUAUUACUCUCUCUCCAAGGGCAUAGCUGUGGUUUGAUGGGGUAAAUCAGUCUAUAUGUUGCUCAUGUUUUUGUUACUUUUGUUGUUAAUGCUUUGACUCUGAAAUAAAAUGAAAAUGUACUUUUAUUACUUUACCAAUAUGUACUACACUCAACUCCAAUGGCUUUACACUGUAUUCCACAAUGCACUAGCCUACUUGGCUUUGCUCUUAUCAUAUGCACCACAGUUGCACCACAGUUGCACGGUAUCCUCUUUAUGCCUAGCUUGCAUGCCUCCAGUUCCGGUGGCAUGCAUGGAAACAUGUAUCUUUCUCGUGGCUUUCUUUUGCAAAAUAACUAUGAAUUAAUGGACUUAUUUAUUCACCAUCACAUUAAGGUGUAGGACGUUCAAUGUAUUACAUGGAAAAAUAGCAGGUUUAUUUUGCUCCAGAGAAGUAGCUCAUUGUUCCCUCGUUGGCGCAGACGCUAGCCUAGCGUCUAAGAAACGUUAGUUAGCUAGCUAUCAAGCUAGCCAGGUUUUCUUAGCAGCUUGUACACAGCCCACACCCCUUUCGGCUAGGACAACGGAUUGUCCCGGUAGUGUGACUGUUUGAAUCCCUGCUGUUUUCAUCUGCCUUGCGACCUGCCCUGUCUGGAACUGAGAGGAGUAACAGAGUAGCCUACGUUACUACCAUGACAAAGACCAAAGCCGGUGGGAGUACCGUUGAGGGCAGUGGUGUCUCUCUAUCACAGGUGAAGGAUCUUUAAAAACUAACAAAAAUUGUUCUACAAGCAGUUCUCACAACAACAACAAAAUAGCUUCAAGUGUUGUGUCCAAAUACUGGUGGAGUCAACUAAUAAAAGAAUGGACGAUCUGACCAAAGAGGUCCAGGACCUGAAGAACAGUUAGCAGUUCUCCUAGUGUCAGCUCGAUGAGUUUAAACAGGAUAAUGGCAAGAUGACAGCAAUCUGUAAGGCAUUGAGAGAGGACAUCAGUUCUGUAUGUGAAUCCAUGAUAACAAUGAUGGAGUAAUCUGAUUAUCUCGAGGGACAUUCAAGGCGGAACAACAUUGUUGUGGACGGAAUUGCAGAAUCUCCACACGAGACCUGGACGGAGUCUGAGGACAAACUUGAGAGGAACGUACAUCUUCCUCAACGAGGACUAUCCUGAAGCUGUGCGCCAGAAGAGGAAAGAACUUAUCCCAGCCAUGAAAGCUGCCAAAGCGUGUGGGGACAUUGCUUACAUCCGCUAUGACAGUCUCAUUGUCCACCCUCCCUCCCAAAAGCCUGGAAGGGAUGAGAGCCUGUAGGUUCGUAGCUUCAACCCCCAAGCACACACACACACACUUACACACACCAACUGAUUGAUUGGACUGCUGAAUUAUUAUUUUUAUGAAUUUUUUGCUUUGUUUGUUCUUUUCCAUAUUAUGUCGAUCUCUGAUAAGCUAACCAGGAAAGGGCUAAAAAUAGCCCAUAUUAAUAUUCACUGAGUGUACAAAACAUUAGGAACACCUGCUCUUUCCAUGACAUAGACUGACCUGGUGAAUCCAGGCGAAAGCUAUGAUCCCUUAUUGAUGUCACCUGUUAAAUCCACUUCAAUCAGUGUAAAUGAAGGGAAGAAGACAGGUUAAAUAAGGAUCCCUGUGGAAUGCUUUCGACACCUUGUAGAGUCCAUGCCCCAAUGCAAAAGGGGGUGCAACUCAAUAUUAGGAAGGUGUUCCUAAUGUUUUGUACACUCGGCGUGUGUGUAGCCUUAGAAAUAAGGUUCAUGAAAUCAAUAACUUAACAUCAGAUAACAUUCAUAUAUUAGCCAUCUCACUUAUAUAAUUCCUUUUAUGAUACAGCGGUAGCAAUACAAGGAUAUAACAUCUACAGAAGGGACAGGAAUGCCUAUGGGGGAGGUGUUGCUGUAUAUAUUAAAAACCAUAUCCCUGUAAUGCUUAGACAAGAUCUUAUGUCAAGUGUUAUUAAAACGUUGUGGUUGCAGGUUCACCUGUCAUCUAAAGCCUAUUAUUUUACGGUGUAGCUAUAGGCCACCAAGUGCUAACAGUCAGUAUCUAGAUAAUGUCUGUGCAAUGCUUAAUAGUGUAUAUGCUGUAAACCGAAAGGUCUACUUUCUUGGGGAUCUGAAUAUUGACUGGUUUUCAUCAAGCUUGUCCGCUCAUCAAGCUGUCCGCUCAAGAUUACUAAUCUGGUUCAGGUUAUUAAUUAACCUAUCAGGGUGUUUACAAACGCUACAUGAGUUAUAUCAUCCACAUGUAUUGAUCACAUUUUUACUAAUACUGUAGAACUUUGUUCUAAAGCUGUAUCCGUACCCAGUGGAUGCAGUGAUCACAAUAUAGUGGUUAUAUCCAGGAAAACCCAGGUUACAAAAGCUGGUCCUAAAAUACUGUAUAAGAGAUCAUCAAAAAUAUUUUUCUGUGACUCUUAUGUGGAUUAUAUAUAUUUUUGUUGGUCUGAUGUGAUUGGAGCAUCCAGAUGCUGCACUUGAUUAAUUUAUGAAAUUGCUUGUUCUAAUUAUUGAUAAACAUGCACCUGUUAAGAAACGGACUGUUAGAACUGUUAAGGCUCCAUGGAUUGAUUGAAGAAUUGAAAAACUGUAUGGUUGAAAGAGAUGGGGCAAAAUGAGUGGCUAAUAAGUCUGGCUGCACAUCUGACUGGAUGACUUAUGUGACUAAACUCAACAAAAAGAAGAAGAAACUGUAUUAUGAAGCCAAGGCCAAUAAUAUAAAGAAUGAUGUGAAAAAAACUUUUGAGUACUUUAAAUGAAAUGAUGGGCAGUAAGACAAAUUCAACUCCAUCUGUCAUCAAAUCAGAUGGCUUAUUCAUCACAAAACCAUUUGAUGUUGCCAAUUAUUUUAAUGAUUAGUUCAAUGGCAAAGUGGGCAAAUUUAGGCAGGAAAUGCCAACAACGAACAGUGGGGCAUCCUAUUCAUGCAUAAAAAUAAAAAAUGAAAGAAAAGCAUUGUAAGUUUGAAUUUUGUAAAGUUAGUGUGGGAGAGGUGGAAAAAAUUAUAGAUCAAUAAUGACAAACCUCCUGGCAUUGACAACUUAGAUGGAAAGCUACUGAGGAUGGUAGCUGACUCUAUAGCCACUCCAAUAUGUCAUAUCUUUAAUCUGAGCCUAGAGGAAAUCGUUUGUCCUCAGGCCUGGAGGGAAGCAAAAGUCAUUUCGCUAUCCAAGAAUGGUAAAGCGGCCUUUACUGGUUCUAACAGCCGACCCUAUCAGCUUGCUGCCAUCUCUUAGCAAACUGUUGGAGAAAAUUGUGUUUGACCAAAAACAGCUUUUUCUCUGUAAACGAAUUAACAACAGACUCUCAGCAUGCUUAUAGAGAAGGGCACUCAACAUGUACUGCACUGACACAAAUGACUGAUUGGUUGAAAAACUUUUAUAAUAAGAAGAUUAUGGGAACUGUACUAGUAGAUUUUAGUGCAGCCUUUGAUGUUAUUGACCAUAACCUGUUGUUGAAAUAAACGUAUGUGUUAUGGCUUUUUAACCUCUGCUAUAUCGUGGAUUCAGAGCUAUCUAUCUAAUAGAACACAGAGGGUUUUCUUUAAUGGAAAUGUCUCUAAUGUUAAACAUAUAAAGUGUGAUGUAUCGCAGGGCAGCUCUCUUCUACUCUUUUCUAUUUUUACCAAUGACCUACCACUGGCAUUAAACAAAGCCUAUAUGUCCAUGUAUGAUGGUUCAACCCUAAACGCGUCAGCAACCACAGCUAGUGAAAUUACUGCAACCCUAAACAAAGAGUUGCAGUCAGUUUUAGAAUGGGUGGCCAGUAAUAAACUGGUCCUGAACAUCUCUAAAAUUAAGAGCAUUGUAUAUGGUACAAGUCGUUUAAGUUCUAGACCUCAGCUGAAUCUGGAAAUGAAUGGUUGUUGCGCAAGUUGAGGAGACUAAAUUACUUGAAGUUACCUUAGAUUGUAAACUGUCAUGAUCAAAACAUAUUGAUUCAAUGGUUGUAAAGAUGGGGAGAGGUCUGUCCGUAAUAAAGAGAUGCUCUGCUUUUUUGACACCACAUUCCACAAAGCAAGUCCUGCAGGCUGUAGUUUUAUCUUAUCUUGAUUAUUGUCCAGUCGUGUGGUCAAGUGCUGCAAAGAAGUACCUAGUUAAGCUGCAGCUGGCCCAGAACAGAGUGGCAUGUCUUGCUCUUCAUUGUAAUCAGAGGGCUAAUAUCAAUGCUAUGCAUGCCAGUCUCUCUUGGCUAAGAGCUGGGGAACGACUGACUGCAUCAAUUCUUGUUUUUAUAAGAAACAUUAAUGUGUUAGAAAUUCCUAAUUGUUUGCAUAGUAACUUACACACAGCACUGACAUACACACUUACCCCACCAGACAUGCCACCUGGGGUCUUUAGAGUCCCCAGGUCAAAUUCAAGGAAACGUACAGUAUUAUACAGAGACAUGAUUGCAUGGAACUCAUCUCAUAUAGCGCAAGUGAACAGCAAACCGGGUUUAAAAAACAAAUAAACCUCACGGCACAACGCCUCUCCCCCAUGUGACCUACUUCUGUGUAUGUACUGACAUGUAUUUGUAACUCAUAGAUGUACACACACACUACAUGUUCAUGUUUUGAAAUGCAUGUGAAUUGUAAAGUAUUUUGUCAGUAUUGUAUUUUUCGUUAUGUGUCGGACCCCAGUAAGACGAGCUUUCGCCAUGAAUAAUAAUCUCAUUGGUUCCUCUUGACCCCUUGACCUCCAGGCGUUGCUGACCAGCUGCAGACAAACUAUGCCGCAGACCUUCGGAGCAUCCUGAAGACACUGUUUGAAGUCAUGGCUACCUCUGAGCAGGGGGACAAUGACAAACAGAAGGGUGAGGAACAGAUACUUCUGUUCAGGUUUUUUGUCUUUACAUCAGGUGUCUUAGUGUAGUUCUCCCAGUGUGUUUGUCUGUGAUGCUCAUGGUAAUGUUAAUUGUAAUGACAUGGCUGUGCUCUGUGUGGCGCAGCAUGUCCAGGGCUGCGCAGUGCUGUGCUGGAGGACUGUUCUCUCUGUCAGGAGACCAUCUCCUCCUCGGAGCUGGCAGCCAAGGCCCUGGAGGGACAGUUCGAAGGUCAGCACCUCCCUUUUCUCCUUAAACACAUACACACAUGACAUGCAUGCACGCAGUGUGACACACAAAUAAACAAGCAGCACUAUUAAUGUGCCCCUGCUUUUUCCCUGUAGAUCCCCCAGACUGGGUUCCUGAUGAGGAAUGUGACUCUUGCAUUGCCUGUAAGGCCCCCUUCACCGUCAUCCGCAGGAAGCACCACUGUAGGAGCUGUGGCAAGGUAACAAAGAAUGCCUGAACAGAUCUUUAGAAUUGUCUAUACUACAUCAAAUAAAUGAAUAACAAUCAAAUAUACCUUGUUUGUUCUAUGUGUCAUUUUAGAUCUUCUGCUCUCGCUGCUCCUCCCACUCAGCCCCGUUACCGCGGUAUGGCCAGGUGAAGGCCGUCAGGGUGUGUACACACUGCUACAUGUUCCACGUCACACCGUUCUACAGCGACAAGACUGGCAUCUGACCCCUGCUGUACCAACAGAUUCCCCCACCUCCCUGCCUCUACAGGAGCAUAUCCAGGGGAUAUGAGGCUAUAUUCAAAUUAAAUCCCCAAUACACAGAGCAACCUUAUCAAUCAUCUUCAUCACACUGCACAGCAAGGCAAGGCUUUGGAAUAAGGAGGACAUGGAUGAGAGAGCAGAGAGAUGGAACGAGGUCAGAUGUGGAGGCACAUAAACUAUGAUUAGACCCUUUCUGUUGUUUUUGAGAUACUGCUGCUGCCUGAAAGGGAACCAAAGGGCCUAAUGCUAUGCUGUCCUCCUCCUCUGACUCACUGAUGCCUGUCUGCCUAUCUAUAGAGGCAGAGGAAGAAGGAAGAAAAUAAAAAACUGGAAAUAGGGUUUUGAACAGGCUACUCCGGACCAGUCCAGUGCUUUAGGAACAGCUUCUGGGGCUGUUGGUAGCUGAAAAGAGAGAGAAAGACUUUACUGUUUUAUUGCUUGUGUAUAAAAAAGGCCUUCUGACAUCAUGUCCUAUGCUUUAGCGGGCUUCCCACACUUGUGCCAGAGCUCUCACAGGGCUCCGAUUUACUUUAAAGAAUGUAAGUCAUAAUAAACAUGUAAAUAAGGAUAAUUAUGUUGAUAGGGAUGAUGAUCUCCGCACAACUGAUUUCGCUUGUUUGGCCGCAAUGGCUCUAAAGGUUUUAAUUUUAGUUUGUCAUGUAAUUACUGAUGCUGUAAGGAUGAGGAGGGAAAAUCAAUCCUCAUCAGGCUACCUAUGAGAGACCUACCUAAGAGAUUUUAUGUAUCGAUUCCUCCCACAUAAAUGUGGCUUAUUUGGCGAUGCUUUUAACAGCAAUUAAUUUGUGAUAUAAUUUCAUGACAUGGGAUUUUGAUUUUAUCGACUGUGUCUCAAAGGACACAAAAGAUUAGCUGGCCUUUUAUAACAAUGUGGGCUGUGCCCAUUGCUCUUACAGUCACAAAAUGGAUUUAAUUUGUAAUGCUUUAUCUCAUUUCCUACCCAUCCCAUUUUUAACCUGUAACUCCUCAACAUCUGAGAUUGACAUGGUCACAUCAGUCACUCUCUCAGGCAUUUAAUGCCCUCUAGUGGAGAGAGACUUUAACCUUCUACCACACAUCAGCACCUAUAUUAUGUGAUUGUUAGAAUCAUGGAGUGCAUAUCACCCACUAUUUAGAGGUUUUUGAGGCCUGUCUCCCAUCAGUUGGUCAAGGCAGCUUGGUUUCCUCCUGAUUGUGCAAUAUAGUUUUUUCCCCCUCUGUGUAUAUUGUUGCCAAACACAUUUAUCUUAAGUAUAUU